UCGUUUACGUGACGAAAACAAAAAAAAAUGAUUGUACAUCAUCCAAAUCUUACAGUAUAGAACAAAUGUUUACAAAAAAAACGCAGUCAACAAUUACACUGCGUACACUAUAGUUGUUGGUCUUAUCUCCUCGUUGUGCACCCCUUUCGUUGGAUGUUUCGCCCGCACAACGUGAUUCGCGCCGUUGCAGUCUGUUUACCGUCGUCCGCUUAUCAUAUCGUUAUGCGAACGACAACUGAUUCGGUGAUACCGACUGGCUUUCGACACUGACCAGAUUUAUUUUCCAACGGCGAUUACUCGAAUUUGGACGAUCUCAGUGCGCGUGACCGACCGAAUGCGCUGAACGGCCCGACACAACUAUGCACACGCGACCGUUGAUCAGACCUGCGGAUCACGAGAGACGACUUACUAACGAACAACAGGUGAUACAAUUAUGGCAUCAACCGUAUUGCGAACGCUGCUGGUACUGUUGACCGCCAUUGGCUUGUUGUGUAGUUCCCAUGAUCAAGACCGUGCAAAGGAAGUCAGCAGUUUGGCCAAAGUCAGUCUAUUACAGUAUGAAGGUAUCAUAUUCUUGUCUACAUUGGAUGGCUCAUUUAUCGCCGUAGACCAAAGAACUGGAAAAACUUUAUGGAAUUUUCUUGAUGAUCCUCCGGUCAAAGUACCAUCUAAUAUAAAAGAUGCUCUUACACCACUAUUUGUGCCCGAUCCCAGAGAUGGUUCCCUUUAUUUAAUACAUAAUAAAGAUAAAGUAGGAGUUAAGAAACUGGAUGUUACUAUUCCUCAGUUAGUUGCUAACUCUCCAUGUAGAAGUUCAGAUGGAAUUUUAUUUUCUGGCAAGAAAAUUGAUAGUUGGUAUUUUAUUGAUUGGAAUACUGGAGAGAAACAUCCGUUCAUGAAUUUCGAAAAUAAAGGAGAAAUAUGUACAGCAAUUGCUUCAAAAUCCAUCUUAUUAAGUAAAUCUGAAUAUAGUGUCAUGAUGGUUGACAGUUUAAAUAAUGACCAACGCCAAUGGAAUGUAACAUUUUUUAGUUACAACUCUAAAACCAUGACAGAAGAACAAAUUUAUAAUCAUGGUAUGAAAUAUUUUGCUGGUAGUUCAUCUGGUAAUUUUGCAGUUUUUCUUAAUCCAAAAGAAAAGUUUAAUGAAUCUCCAAUAAACUACCAUAACUUACUUUGGGAAAGAGAAUUUGAUUCACCAAUUGUUGGGGUUUAUCAACAUGAUGGCGAGAGUCUUCUAUCAUUACCAUUGACUAAUAUUGCUAAAGAUUCUAUUAAACACUUGAUCUCUAACAUUGCAUUAACAUCAAAGGAUCCAAAUUCUGUUAGUUAUUUCCAUACACUUUAUAUUGGUCAUCAUAUUAAUACAGGCUUAUAUGCUAUACCAGCCAUUGCGGACACGGGUGAAGUUAAUCCAUUAGUAGAUAGAGGAUUAAUUGUUCUCUUGGAUAAAACUUCAUUUUCAGUAUUACCAUACUAUAGUGGUAAUGAUUACAAUGUAGAGCCUGAAAAUGUUGAAAACCACACUAUCUUAUUGGGACAUUACCAGCUGAAUCAAGAAUUAAAUACUGGUAUACCGAGAAUAACAGGAAAUACUGAUUCAAUAAUUUACUAUCACAACAUGAGUGGAUAUAACUACAGUAAUAAACAAACAAGUACAAUAUCAACUCAGACACCUCAGUAUUUAGACACCUGGUUUAUUGUCCAAAUGCUUGGAGAUGAUGCUGGAAUUAAACUAUUUAUGAUAAUGAUAACAUUAUUAAUGAGUUUAAUGUUCUGGUAUCUCCGAAAAGAAAUGAAAGGUUUAAAGAAUAAAUCAAAUAACAGUUACAAUAGCUCUCAGGGAAGUUCAAGAGGUUCAAAUAAUUCUAAUAUUAGUUUAUCACAAACAGUUGAAGAAUUAUCUGAUGGUAGUUUUUCAAUUGGCAAGAUAAUGUUCCGUACUGAUGAAAUUUUAGGAAAAGGAUGUGAAGGAACAUUUGUGUUUAAAGGAGAAUUUGAACGUAGGCCUGUGGCUGUUAAAAGAUUAUUACCCGAAUGCUUUAUUGCUGGAGAAAGAGAAGUUCAUAUUCUUCGAGAAUCUGAUUACCAUCCAAAUGUGGUUCGUUACUACUGUACUGAACAAGAUAAACAAUUUCGAUAUAUUGCACUUGAACUAUGUGCUGCAACUCUUCAAGAUUAUGUAGAAAAAAGAGAAUUGAGAAAUGAAAUUAGCCCAAGGGAAAUUUUAUCCCAUUCAAUUAAAGGUCUGCAGCACCUUCAUUCACUCGGAAUAGUUCACAGGGAUAUUAAACCCCAUAACGUCUUAUUGUCAAUACCAACACGUGGAAGUGGUAGUUAUAGUAGUGUCCGAGCACUAAUAAGUGAUUUUGGUUUAUGUAAAAAGUUACAGGGUGGAAAAAUAUCAUUUUCUAAACGAUCAGGUGUUACUGGAACUGAUGGUUGGAUAGCACCUGAAGUGUUUGCCAAUAACGCAUCUAUUACUAAAUCAAUUGACAUUUUCUCGAUGGGCUGUUUAUUUUACUAUGUCCUCAGCGAAGGAGAACAUCCAUUUGGUGAAUCAUUGUGGCGCCAAGCUAAAAUAUUAGACAAUCGUCAAGCACCUUGUCUUGAUGCAUUAAAUGGAAAUGAAAUUUGGAAACGUUUGAUAUUUGUGAUGAUUAGUCGAAAUCCAGAAGAUAGACCUACUGCUUCAGCUGUUCGAUAUUAUCCAGCAUUUUGGGAUAGUUCUACAUUACUAUCCUUCCUUCAGGAUGUUAGUGAUCGUGUUGAAAAAGAAAACGCUACGAGUUCGGUAAUGCUAGAACUAGAAAAAGGAGGAGAAGGAGUUAUUGGAAAAGAAGGCUGGCAUGAUCAAAUUGAUCAAGAAAUAACUUCAGAAUUAAGGAAGUACCGAACAUAUAGAUCCAACAGUAUUAGGGACCUAUUAAGAGCUUUUCGAAAUAAAAAACAUCAUUUUCGAGAAUUAUCAGAAGAUACUCAAAAGUUAUUAGGCGAUAUUCCAGAUACAUUCUUAGAAUAUUGGACUUCAAAAUUUCCAUUAUUAGUUUAUCACACUUGGACAUCUAUGUAUUGUUUAUCAGAUGAAAUCACAUUUGUGAAAUACUUUACAAGAUGUUAUAAAUUUCCUCGUACAGAAUUUACUAAUGUACCUGCCUGGAUAUAUGAAGAACAACCAUCCGCAUUUAGUAGUUUACAUAAAGUACCAAAGCGACCAAAUACUGGGAUGAGUUGGCGACACAAAAAACGUGGAAAGACUAUAGAAACUUCAGAACAUUAAUUUUUUCACAUUAAAAUAAAGAUGUUCAGCACUUAAUCUAGUACCUGCUCUUAUUGCGACUGGUGUCAAUGAAAAACUACCACUGUUUUGUCUAGAAAUUU